AUGGCGGAGCAGAUACAGAUGAAAACCGUUGCCGAUGUUAAAUUUCCUUCAAUCGUGUUCUCUCCAAUCGCAACAUCGUCGCCGAAACUGACCAGAAUGCGCUUACCGAUAAACCGUGAUCAAUCCUGGACGUCAUCAUCUGAUGAAUCUGUUGGCAAUGUAACUGCUCGUAUACUUACAGGAAUCGACGAGUUACACGUAGACACAUCAAAAAUGGAAAAUGAGAUCGAUACUUCUUCUUGUUCGAUUCAUACUGCACUCGAAUACGUCCACCCCAAAGUUUUUCAAAAGAAGAGUUUAUCUGAGAAAAUCACUCGCGAAGAGCUUCGUUCGGCGAUCGCCGCUUGCAAAAUUUCGGAAGAUAACUACACGAAAACUGAAGCCGAUCUAUAUGCAUUAGUGACUACUGAACGGAUUCUGUGGAAUGCCGGCCGAACAUGGAGUGGGACGAUGCCAGUCGAAAACAGAGAUGAUCUCAACAAGUAUGCUAGAAAUGCAUGUGAUGAUUUCUAUAUGAGGUGUACUGGCCAGCUUUGCAUCGAUGAAUUUCAGCACAUCAGUCAUACUAGAGGUAGAUACGAUUUUCAAUCAGUUGCUAUCUACUGCUUCGAGAAAGGAAUGCCCUCCUCAAUUAUCAGUAGAGUCUUCGCGAAAAAUCUCGUACGCCGAUCAACCGGUGAAUACUUGGAUGAUAUGGAAAUGACAUGGUUGCUAUUCGCCAUGGUUGGGACCGACGAAGUGCAAUCUGUGGAGUACUGGUUCCGUGUACUAGAUGUACACUGCACUGGCGUUCUUUCCGUCGCAGUUUUAGAAGAAUUUUAUGCAGACAUCACCAAGUAUCUUGCUCAUGAGAACGUCGCAUCUCUGCCGUUUUCAAAUGUAAUCGCACAAUUUUCUGAUAUUCUUGGGACGCAACACUGGACAUUGCGAUCAUUCAAAGAGAACCGGGAGCUUGUUUACCGUGUCAUCAAUGGAUUCACCAACGCCUUUCGAUUCCUAGAACAAGAAAUAAACGAGAAAACCAAUGGUGAGCGUGUCGAUGACGAAGAAUUCGGACAGGGACAGCGAACGCGUUGGCAACGCUUGAUCGACCACGAGUACGACGACUUCUAUCAUCAAACUCACUCUUCAUCUACCGAAACUUCGAAUAUUACAGCUUAA